AACGAAACGAAUUAUAUUUGAAUGUACGUUCGCAAGAUGGCGACGGAUAGUGCGAAAGUAAGAGCUAACCAAAACGACGGAAUAAAUCGAAAACGUUGGCGCUACGAUCGUACGGCGUGGGUAAAGACGGGCGGAAGAUGCGCGUAGGAACAUUGCGCAGGCUCUUGUUUUGCUCGACGGUAUAACGGCGAGGGACAUAGAGGAGAGUUCGUUAUUGGUGGAGUUAAGCGAAGUGGGGCGAGAGGAGUGGAGAGGGGAUAGCGAGGCACGCUCUCACGGGGUAUGGCGUGGUGUGCGUUCUAGUAAACAACUUGUGCGCGACUCGCGCGGAUAGAAUCCGUUUGGUCUCGGCGAAUUUUUCCUAUUUUCCUUUCUUAUUUAUAUAUAUAUAUAUACAUACAUAUAUAUAUGUGUGCAUGCAUACGUACGUGUAUGGAUACAAACAGAUACAUUAAUAAGACAGCACGCGCACAGAGAAAGAGAGAGAAAGAGAGAGAGAGAAAGAGGGACAUAAACAGAUUAAUAAAAAAUAUAAAAGUGUUAUGUAUAUAAAUCGGUCCAUCGAGGAGCACGAAAUGCCGAGAAAAGAUCCUACGCGUCUGUGAGUCCUUUGCGCGCGUGUGUGUGUGUGUGUGUUUUGUGCGUUACUUUAUUAAACGAAUUAAAGAAAUAAAUAAAUACAUACGAAUAUUUUACAUACAUAUAUCUGCAUACACAUACGUACAUACACAUAUAACUACGACGACGAUAUUCGAAUGGAAUAACUUUCGGUGAGUGCGUGCGUGCGUGCGUUACUCUCGAUAAAGUGUGUGUUGGUGUAUUAGUGGCGUGUAUAUAUCUCUCUCUGUCGGAGCUACUCUCCUACGCUAUUUCCGCCUAUUUUUUUUUCUUCUAUCUAUCCCUCUCAUUCUCUUUCUCUUUCUCUCUCUCUUUCUCUCUCUCUCUCUCUCUCGCUGCGUAUUCUCUAUCUAUCUAUCUCUAGACGAUACAAAACGUUCUAACCAACGACCUCGUUUUUCGGUGUGUUCUCUCUCUAUCUAUCUAUCUCUCUAUCUAUCUACUCCGUACAUUUAUAUUGCGUAGUGUGUCUGUGUGGUACGUGUACGUGCGUUGUUUGUGAGAAAAAGAACGAGAGAGAGAAAAAAGAAAGAAAGAAAGAAAGAAGGAAGGAAGGAAGGAAGGAAAGAAGAAAGAAAGAAAGAAGAAAGAAAGAAAGAGCAGACAAAUAUAUAGAUAGAAAGAGAAACAGAGAGAGACAGAAGAGUAUCAGAGAAGUGGACAUCGUGGAUGGAAAUAGAGCGUCUUCAAGGGAUUUUCAAUCGUGGAUGAUGGUACGCCGCACCAUUUCAUCGUCGUCAACAACGUUGUCGUCGUCGUCGUUAACGUCGUCAACAUCGUCAACGUCGUAGUCGGCUUAGACGUCGUAACACGCCGUCUCGAAAAUAACCUCGUCGAGGAGGCAAAAAAAGGGGAAAAUAAAAAGGAAUCAAAAGGAGCAUCGAAGCAUCGACAUCAAUAGCAGCAAUUGUGUUUUACGAGUGUGUUCGUGUGUGUUUCUUUUUAUUUAUUUUCUUUUCUUUUUUUUUUUUCUUUUUUUCUAAAUGGUGCGCGAGCUUUUCCCUUUCACUAGUAGUAGACUUUGAUUUUCUCUUUGUUUCACCCCACGUCUAUUAUAUACAAAUACGUCGAAAAGAGUCAUGUGAACUAUACAAACGUACACGUGUACAUAUAUACACAUCUACGUAAAAAGAGACAUGAGUCCUGUGGUAGAAGUCGCUGCGAGAUUGACUAAUCGAAUAAACGACAAUUAGGAAUACGUCGUGCUAACGACGCACGACGUAUCGAACGAUCUCUUGAUGGGAGGACGUAGAAGAAGACGAAGAUUGGCCACGAUCGAGAAAGGAGGAGUAUUAAUAAUAAUAACAGUAGUAGUGGUAACAGUCAUCGUCGUUCUUCUUCUUCUUAUUCUUCCACAAUUAUUUGGAUCCUCGUCGUCGUGUUUGAUAAUCGAUUCUUUGGCGAAAUCAAUGAACAAACUUUCGACGUCAGCAACAACAACAACAACAACAAGAACAUUAUCGACGACGACGACAACAACAACAACAUCUAUAAUAUCAUCCGAUCGUCCUAUCGAUGGAUUUCAAAUGAUUAAAAAAUCUAACGACGACGGAACGUUCGAGUUUCUAACUCGAAAAACCUCACAAUUAUUAUUACUAUUAUUAUUGACUUAAAUAACAGUGUAAUCGAGACAAGGAUGAACUCGGAAGAUCACUUUUCUUAAUAUAUAUAUAUACAUAUAUAUAUAUGUAUAUGUAUAUGUAUAUAUAUGUGUGUAUAUGUAUAUACAUUAAGGAUCCAUCAUCGAAAAGAAAGAAAGAGAGAGAGAGAAAGCGAUAGUAAUAGCAGGAGAGAAAGCAAGAGAGAGAGAAAGAAAGAAAGAAAGAAAGAAAAAAAGAAAAGAAAGAAAGAGAAAAAGAGAGAGAAGAUCUUUUUCGAUCAUAUUGAAGGGGAGGAAAAAAAGAAAGGAAAUAUGUAUUCCUCAGGACGCAUGCGCAGAAAGGAGCAUCGGCUCGGGAGUAGUAUCAUCAUCAGUGACACUAGUAGUAGUAGUAGUACUAGUACUAGUAGUAGUAUUAGUAGUAGUAGCAGCAGCAGCAGCAGCAGCAGCAGCAGCAGUAGUAGUAAUAGCAGCAGUAGGAAGAAGAAGAAGACGUCGACGACGCCGACGACGACGACGACGACGCCGACGACAACGACGACGACGAAGAGAAGGACGACGGCGACGACGACGACGACGACAACUACGAGUACAACAAGCAUCAGUGUUACACUUGCCGAUCAGCAGGCCUGUUGUCAACGUUGUUUAUCGUCGAGUUUGGUUAUCAAGUGUAAGGAGUUUAACAUUGACAACGACGUGGACUCAAUGAGAACUUGUCUUCUUUGUGAAAGGUUACAUGGAUCAUCGUCGAACGAUCGAGAUGAUUUCGAUCGAAUCGACGAUCCUUUUCCUUCUCUUCCUAUUCCAUCAUCAUUAUCAUCAUCAUCAUCUUCGUCUUCUUCUUCUUCUUCUUCUUCUUAUUCGUAUUCUUCCUCCUCCUCCUCCUCUUCUUCUUCUUCUUCUUCUUCUUCUUCUUCUUCUUCUUCUUCUUCUUCUUCUUCUUCAUCUUCCUCGUCGAAACAUUUUAAUUCGUAUUCGAAGUCGUCCAAGUAUUACGAAGUUUCGUCGAAGAGGAUUAGAAAGGACGAUAAGUGGAUAACGAGGGAGAAUAAUAAUUGUUGGGUCGAUAAUCCUGGACAAAAUUCGAGAUUGGCCUCGAGUGUUGUACGGUGGAAGAAUUUGUGUUAUUGGAGACUAGCUUUCAGUAUUGCCAUUUUCCUAGCUCUCAACUUCCCGCCUAGUACUUUGGCCGGUUUUCAAGGGAGAACCACGAUUGGUAACACCAAGAAAGACGGGGUGUGCCAAAGUAUAGACAUAAGAAACAGCGUGAAUCAAUUCACAAGACUGCAAGGAUGUCGAGUAGUCGAAGGAUUCGUCCAAAUUCUACUAAUCGAUCACGCCGACGAUUCGGCCUAUGCGAAUCUCACGUUUCCAGAUUUGGUAGAAAUAACAGAAUACCUCGUUUUAUACAGAGUAAAUGGACUACGAAGCGUCGGCCGUCUCUUUCCAAAUCUGACAGUGAUUCGAGGUCAUUCUUUAUUUAUCAAUUAUGCUCUAGUUGCAUUUGAGAUGAUGCACCUACAAGAAAUUGGUCUUCAUUCAUUGACUGAUAUUCUACGUGGUUCGGUUCGUUUCGAAAAGAAUCCAGCGCUUUGUUAUGUUGACACCAUCGAUUGGGAUAUCAUAGCCAAAGCUGGAAAAGGCGAACACGUCAUAUCGGGAAAUAAACCAAAGAAUGGCUGUCCGAUAUGUGAAAAAAAUUGUACCACUAGAUUGACCAAGCCCGAUGAAACGCUUUGCUGGAAUCGACAACACUGCCAACGAAUAUGUAGGAAAAAAUGUGGAGAAGAUUCGUGCGACGAGACGAAUGCUUGUUGUCAUUCGUCGUGUCUGGGAGGCUGUACAGGACCAACAGAGAAUAAUUGUAAAGUUUGUAAGAACGUGUUGGUUGGAGGUAGUCAUUGUCAAGAACGUUGUCCAAACGGUACAUAUGAGUUUAUGAAUCGUCGUUGUAUCGGAGAGGACGAAUGUCGUCAAAUGGUAAAGCCACGAGAGGCUUUGAGCAUCGUCAAAGAUAAGCCGUACAAACCGUUCAAUGGUAGUUGCAUCAUCGAAUGUCCUGCCGGUUAUAUGGACGAAGAGGUCAACAACAAGACGUCUUGUAAGAAAUGUAAAGGUCCUUGUUUGAAGGAAUGCGCUGGUACUAGCGUAGACAGUAUCGCUUCUGCUCAGAAACUACGUGGUUGCACUCAUAUCACCGGUAGCCUUGAGAUUCAAAUAAGAGGCGGUAAGAACAUCGUCAACGAGCUGGAAGACAGUUUGAAUAUGAUAGAAGUGAUCGACGGUUAUCUGAAGAUAGUACGUAGUUUCCCUCUGAUAUCUUUGAACUUUUUGAAGAGCCUACGAACGAUAAAUGGGAAAUAUUUGGACAACAGCAAGUAUACUCUGGCCGUUCUGGACAAUCAGAAUCUUCAAGAACUGUGGGACUGGAGUACUCACGGCAAGAUCAAGAUUCUCUCGAAAGAUGGCCCGGCUAAGGUCUUUUUUCAUUUCAAUCCGAAGCUAUGCUUUCAUAAGAUUGAAACUCUUAUAAAAAAAGCGGAGCUUGGAGAUUUCUCAGAACUGGAGGUUGCACCGAAUAGCAACGGGGACAAGGUAGCUUGCAACGUUACGGAAUUGAAAACGAUCGUCACAAAGACUACGUCGGACGCAGCAUUGAUCGAGUGGGAACAAUUCACUCAUCACGAUCCUAGAUCGUUAUUGGGAUACGUGGUGUACUUCAUCGAAGCACCGAAUGAAAACGUGACGAUGUACGAUGGCAGAGAUGCUUGCGGAGGCGAUGGCUGGAGAGUCGACGACGUUUCUGCCAUCGAAGGAUCAACCAAACCAAUCGCUACCAAUUACACGGAAGCUGAAAAGCCAAGUUACCUCUCUCAUAUUUUAACUCAAUUGAAACCGUUCACGCAAUACGCCUUUUAUGUAAAAACGUACACCAUCGCCACGGAGAGAUCCGGUGCUCAAAGCAAAGUCACGUAUUUCACGACGAAACCUCACGCACCUAGCGCGCCUAGAGGUCUCUCAACUUACAGUAAUUCCAGCAGCGAGCUCAUCGUCUCUUGGUUACCACCGUUAAGGAAAAACGGUAAUCUCACGCACUAUAGAAUCGUUGGACGUUGGGUACCGGAUGACUCGAACUUCAUCGAUCAGAGAAACUACUGCGACGAACCGAUGUCCUUGCCGGAAAAGAAAUCGAUGUCGGUAAUGGCCGAAGAAGAGAGAAAACGCGCGGAGGAAGAAAAGGAAUUAGCGAAGAUACCGGAAACAACAUCCUGCGACUGUGCGGAUCGAGAAAUGGAUCAGUCGUUGCGCGAAAAGGAAGUUUCCAGUUCUAUCGCAUUCGAGGACGCUUUGCACAAUCAGGUUUAUGUGAAACGAAUAGAUGCUCGUAGGAGACGUGACACCAGCGAGAUAUUUGAGAUAAUCAAGAAAAGAGAUCACAGUUAUUACUCCGAGAAAGAGUCGACGGCCGAUAAACAAGUGAACAGUACUUACGUCGUAUUCGAAAGAGAGGUGCCUAGUCCAAAUCUCAGUUUCGUCAUGAAGAAUCUUCGACACUUUGCAUAUUAUAAUAUCGAGGUACAAGCCUGUCGAGAGGUUGUGAAGAACGAUACGAAUGACACUUGCUCGACGAAGAGUAUGAAGACCUAUCGGACAUUACCAUUGGACAGUGCCGAUAAUAUCCCUGUUAAUACCUUCAGAUUGAGCAUUUCUGGCGAGAAUAAUAGUCUGACAACUGUCACGCUUUAUUGGGCAGAGCCACCGCAACCUAAUGGCUUGAUCGUUACCUAUCAAAUCGAAUAUAAGAGAGUGGACAUACAGAACAUAAAAGCAACCGUAGUCUGCAUCACCAGACGCGAUUUUACCAAAGCUGGCAAUUCCUACGUUCUCAAAGAUCUCCCAGCUGGUAAUUAUUCCAUCAAGGUCAGAGCUACCAGCCUCGCCGGAAAUGGAAAUUACACGGAGGCACAAUACUUCUUUAUCAAGGAAUACAGCAGCUUAGGACUGUUUUGGAUACUGUUUUGGUCCAUACUGUGCAGUCUCUUCGCAGUUAUGAUAUUCGUAGCGUUUUAUGUCUGUAAAAGAAAGUUUAUGCGAAAUGUUCCUAGUAGGAGACUCAUAGCAACGGUUAAUCCCGAAUACGUGAGCUCGGUUUACGUGCCCGACGAAUGGGAAGUACCCAGAAAGAAAAUUCAUGUUUUGAAAGAAUUAGGAAAUGGUUCCUUUGGGAUGGUUUACGAGGGUUUAGCUAGGGACGUUGUCAAAGGGAAGCCGGAAGUUCGUUGCGCUGUUAAAACCGUCAAUGAAAAUGCGACCGAUAGAGAAAGAAUAGAAUUUCUUAACGAAGCAUCCGUCAUGAAAGCUUUCAACACUCAUCACGUGGUAAGAUUGCUCGGUGUAGUGUCUCAAGGACAACCAACCUUGGUAGUAAUGGAGCUAAUGGUGAACGGUGAUUUGAAGACUUAUUUGAGAAGUCAUAGACCCGACGUCUGCGAAAAUUUCUCGAGGCAGCCACCGACCUUGAAAAGAAUCUUACAAAUGGCGAUCGAAAUAGCCGACGGUAUGGCUUAUCUUGCUGCAAAGAAAUUCGUUCACAGAGAUUUGGCAGCGAGAAAUUGUAUGGUAGCCGAAGAUCUUACAGUUAAGAUCGGUGACUUUGGAAUGACCAGAGAUAUAUAUGAGACUGAUUAUUAUCGGAAAGGUACCAAAGGUCUUUUACCUGUUAGAUGGAUGGCACCGGAAAGCUUGAAGGAUGGUGUCUUUACAAGUUUCUCCGAUGUUUGGAGUUAUGGUGUCGUUCUAUGGGAAAUGGUAACUCUUGCCUCGCAACCUUAUCAAGGUUUAUCGAAUGAUCAGGUAUUGCGGUAUGUAAUAGAGGGAGGUGUUAUGGAACGUCCUGAGAAUUGUCCAGACUCCCUUUACAAUUUAAUGAGACGUACUUGGUGCCAUAAAGCAACAAGAAGACCGACUUUCAUCGACAUAGCUACCAUAUUGUUGUCAGAUGUCAAUUUGGAAGCUUUCGAACGUGUCAGCUUUUAUCACAGUCCUGAAGGUAUCGAAGCAAGAAAUCAGAAUAUAUCUCAUUCGCCGCAAACGGACAAGGACCUAGAGAUGACGACUCUUCAAGAUUUACGCGAAGAGGAAGUCGAAGGUGAAGAGGAUUCUCCGUUGCGUCAAGACUUUGGUGAUUUUGCUAGUUUCGAACCGACCAGUAUUAAAAACAGUUUGAGUCCUCGUUACACGGUAGAACAAUACGGUGAGAAUUCCAAAACGACGACGAACUUCCAUGACAUGAAUUCGUCUAAGGUACCAUUGAAAGCAGGCUUCGAUGAUUUCGAUGGUAUUUCUGGAGAUUCUUUAGCGUCCAGCAAAGAUACUUUAAACUUACCGUUCGUCGAGGACAGUUUAAAAUCAGUGAAAAAUUCACCAUACAUACAUGCCAAAAGUACAUCAAGAGGAAACGUUAGUCAAACGUCGACAGCAAGAUCAACGAGUCCUCAGAGUUUGAUCAAGCAGCAACAACAACAACGAACGUAUACAGAGAGUCCAAAUUCUAUCAAAUUUAAAUCAAGGAAUCCUGAUUAUGAAAAUAGUAGUCCAGAGAUAUUAGCAAACAUUGAAAAAAAGCCUACGAUCCCAUUAGAAUUAUCAUCGGUAGACACGGUAGAUAUUGGUAUCGACAUUGAUAAAAAGGAUGGACUCUCAUCGACGGUUGAAUAUGUUAAUAAACCAGAGACAUUGAACAAUGGUUACAUUGGUGGUAAUAAUACAACAACGUAGUCCAUGUAAAUCAAACUCUCCUCGAAUUAUAUUAAGCAACAAAGACUCAGCGCAGACCAUUUAUUUCUAAUAUCGCUAUGAACAAAGAGAGAAUGAGAGAGAGAGAGAGAGAGAGAGAGAAAGAGAGAGAAUGAGAGAAUGAGAGAGAAAGAAAGAGGAGAGUUGUUGUAAAAAAGGCAGUGUCUAAAACGAAGGAAAUAUAUUUCUGAUCCAUUUAUUUCAAUUGAACAAUUUAAGUUCUAAUAUCGUAACGCGAAAGUCCAAGCUUAAGGGAGGAAUAAUUAUAAUUGAGUUAGUAUUUUUUUUUUUCUUUUCUUAUUUGUUUUUUUUUUUUUUUUUAUAGUUAAUACGAACGUAACGACGUCUCAACUCCGUCUCUCUGACAUAGAAUAAUAGUAAUAAUAAUAAUGAUAAUAAUAAUAAUAUAAUAUAAUAAUAAUUAUCAUGAAUUCAUCAUGCAUGUCCAUACAGCCAAUGGAUUGAUCAUUGUUGAUCUAUAUAGGAAAUCAUUGAUCAAUGUAUAUAUAUAUAUAUAUAUAGAAGAUACUGCCUUUUUGAUGAACAUUUCCUGGACGAUAGAAAGAUAAAGAUAGAUAGAAAGAGAAAUAUAGAGAGGGAGAGAGCAGUUUAUUAUAUGGCAGCAAGAAAGAAAAAGAACUAUUUUAAAUAAUAAUAAUAAUAAUAAUAAUAAUAAUAAUAAUAAUAAUAAUAAUAAUAAUAAUAGUAAAAUUAAUGAUGAUAAUAAUAAUAAUAAUAAUAAUAAUAAUAAUAAUAAGAAGGUAAAAUGAUUUAUAUCAAACAUGACCUCGUCACAAUGUUUUCAAUAAGAUGAAAGAAAAAAGAACCGAGAUACCAAUCCUUAUUACUGUCUUUUCUUUCAACUUGAAUAAAUAAAAUAUUAAUAAUAAAUAAAAACAUUUGCACAGUGUGUGCAUGUGUGCGUAAUGCGUGUAUGCGACUGGUUAAACAGUUUAUCCAAAGUGGUGAUUAGAUUGACUACCGUGUUUGGUACGACAUUUUUUCUUCACAAACGAAGAGAUCUAACAGAAUGUGAAUUUAUAUCUAAUUGCCAGUUUGUUUUGUAUCAAUCUUUAUUAAUUAUUAAUUUUCAUUUAUUCGUGCAAUAAAUGAUUAAUAGGCAUCAAGAAAGAUAUAUUAUUAUUAUUAUUAUUAUUAUUAUUAUUAUUAUUAUUAUUAUUAUUAUUAUUUUCAUCAUCAUCAUCAUCAUCAUCAUUAUUAUUAUUAUUAUAUUAUUAUUAUUAUAUUAUUAUUAUUAUUAUUAUUGUUAUUACUACUAUUAUUAUUAUUACUAUUAUUAUUAUUACUAUUUCUAUUACUAUUAUUAGCCUGUCGUAUAGAAAAAAAAAUCGUACUAUAUAAUUACGAUUGUCACUAUUAUUAUUAUAUUAUUAUUAUUAUUACUAUUAUUAUUAUUAUUAUUAUUAUUAUUAUUAUUAUUAUUAUAUUAUAAUCUAUAAUCUAUUAUUAUUAUUAUUAUUAUUACUCUUAUUACUAUUAUUAUAAUUAUUUAAUAUAAAUAUUUAUACCACACACAAAAAUCGUUCAGAAUGAAUAUAUAUUAUAUAAUAUGAACGUUCCUUUAACUCGUAAUUUAUAAAUUUUUAAUCGAGCUUUUUCUUUUCCCAAUAAAUAUCUAAAUUCAUUUUACAAUAGUUUUUUUUAUAUAUUCUAUUCAUAUAUAUAUAUAUAUAUAUAUAUAUAUAUAUAUAUAUAUAUAUAUACACACACACACAUGUACACGUUCGUUGAAAAUAGUAAAAUUGAAGAAUCUAGGUUUUAAGACAUAGAAACUGCAUUUCUAAUGCGGAAUUUCUUCCUUUUUCUUUUCUUAUAAAGUUCCUUUUUGAUAAAAUUUUUUUGUUUAUAGACUCGUUCUCUUUCCUUCUCUCUUUCUCUUUCUCAUGUUCAAUAUCCUAUAUAAUUUAGAUAAUAUAGUAAAACAUAGAAAUCGAAUAGAAGUUUGUAAUUUAAAAGAGAGAUAUAUAUAUACAUCAUCAUGCAUACAUAUAUAUAUAUAUAUAUAUAUGUAUGUAUGUAUGUAUGUUGUAUGUAUAUAUACACAUACAUACAUGCAUAUAUGUAAAUAAUUUGUGCAAUUUACACAAAAAUAUUUAUUAUCUCUUAUUAUUAAUAUUGUUAUUAUAUUAUUAUAAUUAUCCAUUAUUUUAUUAUUAUUAUUCAUUAUUUUAUUAUUAUUAUUCUUAUUCUUAUUAUUAUUAUUAUUUAUUAUAUAAAAAACAAAUAUAUAUAUAUAGAAAAAAGAAAGGGAAAAGAAAAUAAUAGCUCGUGCAAUAGCAUAAUUAUUAUUAUUAAUAUACUCCUCCUAACAUUACUACUAUCACUACUACUAUUCUGCUAUUACUAUUACUACUAUUAUUCUACUACUACUACUACUACUACUACUACUACUAUUAUUAUUAUUACUAUCCUACUACACUAUUACUAUUACUAUUACUACUACUACUCCACUAUUAUUACUAUUAUUACUAUAUUAUUACACUACUCACACAUAUAGUAAAAAAAAUAGUGAAGGGUUUAAACAAUUUUCUUGGUGCUAAAACAGUGUUCAAAAAAAAAAAUUAAUAAAAAGAAGACUCGACGUUUAUAGUUAUAAUAAUAAUAAUAAUAUUAUUUUCUGACGUCGUUCCAUACAAGUGAAAAUAGGAUAUAUAUAUAUAUAUAUAUAUAUAUAUAUAUAUAUAUAAUGCACACCACACAUACAUCCACACUUAUGCACACACGAACAUACACAUCUAUACGUAUACAUAUAUUCAGAGGCAUUAUUGUGCUUCUUUUGAUUUAGAAUGAGAGAAUGUAGACUGUCUUAGCCCCCGGUGAGAGUGAAGAUUGAUGAUCGAUAGAAAUCAAUUUAUACCUAAUAGAUUAUAUUAACAGUUUACGAAAUAAAUAAAUAAACAAAUAUGAAUAAUUAAAAGAAAAAUAGAGGGCUAGAAAAUAAAUGUGGAAUAAUGAAUAAAUAAUUUCACAAUAUUUUCAAAGUAUUCAACUAGAAAAAAAAAAAAAAGGAAAAGGAAGGAAUUCAAUCGUCGACAAAAAAUACAAAUUGAAUCCUAAUAGUUUGAGUUAUUGAUAGGUUUAUGGAGGGGGGGAAGGGAAAAAAGAAAUAGGAAAAAAGCCACCCAUCAUAAAUAAUAUAUUAAUUAAAUAAAUUAACGAAGAAGAUAAUAGAAGAAUAAAAACAAUCCAACGAGAAUAUUUUCAAUGUAGGAUGCUAUUAUGCAAUUAUGCAAUAAUUUGAAUGUUAAUAGAUGAGUCUUGUUUAUAGAAAAAGAAAGAGAAAUAUUCAUUAUAAACAAUCUAUUAAUUAAUUAACCAACUAUCCAAACAAACAAAUGAAUAAAUAAAUAAAUAAAUAAAUAAUAGAAAGAAGAACGAAAUUGAACGAAUAUUUUCAAUGUAAUUUAAAGUGAAUUCAAUUAUGUAAUUUGUAUUUUAGAUUAGAAAACAUACACAGACAUACACAUACAAAACACAUAUACGUAAAGAAAUUAAUUAAUUAGCACCUUUUCUUUUCUCUCUCUAUCUCUCUCUCUCUCUCUUUCUCUCUCUCUCUCUCUCUCUCUCUCUCUCUCUCUCUCUUAUACAUAUACAUACUUAUAUAUGCAUAUAAAUAUAAACACGUUCCUCGUAUCGCAAAAUAAAAUAAUAAAAAUAAAGAAGUGGAUAACUUAGACAAGUUAAUAAUGUAUAAAUCAUGUUCGUUCCGAAAUCGAGUCUAAUCGCGCUGAGAUCUAUAUUAUUAUUAAUAAUAAUAAUAAUAACAAUAAUAAUAAUAAUAAUAAUAAUAAUAAUAAUAAAUAAUAAUAAUAAUUAAUAAUAAUAAUAAUAAUUAUUAUUAUUAUUAUUAUAAUCAUAUCGUUUUGUUUUUACAAAUUUGCCUUUAAAUAAAUCACUUUCCCUAUCAUGUAGACCAUUUUAACGUGUAAUUUAAUUUAAUUUAGAAUAAAGAAACGAUUUAGAAAAUAUAUCAGUAUCGACCUAAACGAAAGAAAAUAAAAUAGAAAAUUAAUAAAUAAUUAAAUAAGAUAAUAUAAGAUAAAAAUAAGAUAAAUAAAGAGUACCUAUAUAUAUAUAUAUAUACAUACUAUUAAUACAAUAUUAUUAAUAAUCUCUUCUACGUCCGUGCGCGUGUGCUUGUACGUGUUUGUGUGUGUGCGUGAGCCUGAGUGUGUUAUAUAUUAUGUUUGUGUUUGUGUAUGUGUGUGCGUGUGCGUGCAAAAACGCUUUAUAAUUAAUCAUGCAUCAUCGUUGUUUAUUACAUGGAAAGCAUAGAAAGAGAGAUAUAUAGACAUAUUUGGGAAUGAUUAGAUUUAGGAAAAAAAAGAACAAAUAUUUUUUAAAAAUAGUUUAUCUAUCAUUUUUUCUCUUUUCUCUUUUCUUCUUUCUCAUUUUUCAUUUCGUUUAUUUGUCUUUUAUUUUUUUUUAUCAUCAACCAUUUUCAUAUCACUCUCUUUCAUGCUUAUUAUUCAUGUUUCUUGUUAGAAACAAAAAAAAAAAAGAUAAAGAAAAGAAAUAAAUAGAUAUCAUCGUUGUACUUACUCAUAAUUCGACGGCUGACGAGCUUUCCUUUUCUUCUUCUCUCAUUUAUUUAUUUCUUUUUCUGUUUUUUUUUAUCUCUUUCCUUUUUUCUUUUUUCUUUUCCGUUUUUGUCAUAUAGUGUGCGUAUAUAUAUAUAUAUAUAUAUAUUUGUUUGUUUGUAUGCAUUUUCUCUCUUCUUCUCUUUCAUUUUUUUCUUUCAUUUUUUCUUUUUUAUUAAAUCUAAUAAAAUAACCAUUAUUAAUUUCGAGGAGUCUCCUUCGAAUUAAUUUAUGUGUGAUAUGUAAUAUUAAAAGAGAACAAAGAUAAAAGAUAACAAAUUUAUUUAUAAUUAAAAAAAAAAAAAAGAAAAAAGAAAUCUUUAUUUUGAAUAAAAAAAAAAGAAUUAUAUAAUUAAUAAUUAAAUGAAAAAAGAAAAAAAUACCAAAAAAAAGAAGAAAUAGAAAGUUCGUUAGCCGCAUAUAUCUAUAUUGUAUUAUAAACACAGACAGACACACAUACACGAACAUAUAUAUAUAUUACAUAUAUUAUAUUAUUAUUAUAUUAUUAUAUUAUAUUAUAUUAUAUUAUAUUAUAUUAUAUUAUAUUAUAUUAUAUUAUAUUAUAUUUAAAAAACAAUAAGAGAAAGCCUCGCUCGUAUUCUGAAGUAUUCUGAAAUACAUGAAGAUAAACUGAAUGAUUUAACGCUUAGAAACAUAUAUAUAUACACACACACACACACACAUACAGAAUGAAACUUACAUAUACAAUUGUAAACAAUUAUUUAUGAAUUAUAAAACGAUAGAACGAUGUAAGGUUUAACUAGAAAUGUUUCCUACACACGAAUGGACGUGUCAUUUUGUUUCUUUUUUCGUUUUAUAUAUAUAUAUAUAUAUAUAUAUAUAUAUAUAUAUAUAUAUAUAUAUAUAUAUGUAUAUAUAUAUAAAACAAGAAGAACGUCGUCGUUAAAUAAGAAAAAAUUAAAAUAAUUAUUUAAUUGAUAAUGAUAAUGAUAAUGAUAUAAUAGGCCUAUGGUUCCGAGAUCCUAUAUUAUAUAUAUAUAUGUAUAUUAUAAAUAUAUAUAUAUAUAUAUAUAUAUAUAAUGUGGGAUUAAAUAUCUAGUAUCUAUAUAAGAUUUAUGAGAAUGUUUGUGUAUGUUUGCAUGUAUGUCUGUAUGUACGUAUGUAUGUAUGUAUGUAUGUAUGUAUGUAUGUAUGUUUGUAUGUGUAUCGAAUCGCUGUUAACAAUGAAUGUUAAUAAAUUGAUUAUUAGCGAAGAGUUGACGAAAAGAAAAAAAAAAUAUAAUGAUAACAAUGACAAAAAAGAAAUAAACAAUUCGAUUGAUCUAACAAUAUUAUAAACAUUUGUAUAUCAACGAUUGUGUAUGCGCGCGUGUAUUUAAAUUAUUUUUUUUAUUAUUAUAAUUAUUAUGAGUUUUUCAAUUGUAUUUUUUUUUUUUUCAUUUUUCUUUUUCUUUUUUUUUUAUUUUCAAAGAUGGAUCAACAAAAGACAUAUACUAAUAAAUUUCUUUAGAUCGAAGAUGAAGAAGAAGAGAGUAAGGGUAGGAAAACUAAUAAAAAAGAUUAAUAAUAUCGCAAAAGUUAAAAAUAGUAUAAAUAAACCGCAUAUAGAGAUGUCACGGUUCAAAAUGUUCCAUCCGAAUUACACGUCACGUUUUGGGAUUUAUUAAAAGAGAGAGAAAGAGAGAGAGGUAGAAUUAAUUUUUAACUAUUUUUUCUUAUCAAAUUGUUAUUAAUUUUUCAUACAUAUAUAUAUAUAUAUUUUUUUUUCUUAUAUCUUUUAAGUACUUUUAUAAAAUUUCAAUAUUUUUAUUCGUGCAUAAUUUCUUUUCUUUUCCUCUUUUUGAUUUUAAUUCAAUUAAAAAUUUCAAAAAAUAAUAAUAUAAUAAUAAUAAUACUAAAUAAUAAUAAUAAUAAUAAUAAUAAUAAUAAUAAUAAUAAUAAUAAAAAUACUAAUAAUAAAUUAAGAGCGAUAAAGAAAGAUGUAAGAUCUUUUUGAAUACAUUGAAACGAAAAUAAAUUGUCAACCGAAAAAAUAAAAAAAGAAAGGAAAAUCUCUUCGAAAUAAAAAGAGAUAACGAAUAUGUGUAAUUUAGGUACAUAUAUAUAUAUGUGUGUGCGCGCGCGCGUGUGUGUGUAUGUAUGUAUGUAUGUAUACUUGACAUACGUCGAUUUUUGUCGAGAACAGAUGUUUUGUGUGUGUAUGUCUGUAUCUAUGUAUGUAUGCGCGCGCGUGUGUAUGUGCGUACGUGUGACGUGUACUUGUCGUAAAAUGACGACGGGCGCGCCUAUUUUCCUACUAUUUAUUUUUUUGUACAUACCUUUAUUUUCAUAUUUAUUUGUCAAUAAAGAUCUUUCGAUAUA